AAUGUUUGAGUAAAAUGUUUGUUUUAAGUCAAAUACAAAAAGUUCUAAAAAAUGUCAACAAAAUUAUUAUUGAUUUUUAAUUGUACUUUGUUAGCCUCUCAUACUGGUCCUAACUUCCAAUUUUCAUCCAACUUGCAUCGCCCAUCUUGGCGUUCAUUUCACGCUUGUAUUUCUGUCCAUCAACAUCAACGCAAAAAUGUAUUGGCUUUUGUCAGGCCAUCUACCAUUCAAGGCAAGAACAGAUCAAACUCCAACAAUUGGCAAAAUAAUAUGAAACGCAGCAAUGAAGAGCGCAAAACUAUACCGAAGUUAGUAUAUUUGCAUAAUCCCUGGAAAUAUUUUUUGACGAAAUUCAAUUUGUGGAAAUUACGUCUGCUUUGGGAUCGCCAGUUUAAAGAGCAGGAAUUCCUUCACGGAUCAAAGCAGGCUGCCAUUGUGAUCACGGAUAUUAUUCGCACUCAGAAUACAGAAAAAAUUAACAAAUUUACGACACCUGUUGGUUUUCAACAAAUUACACGUGAUAUGUUGCUCUCCAGAAAUGACACACGGCUGAAAUUGGUGAGAUUCGAAAUGGAGCACUUACGCAGAGCGAUACCAAUGAAGGUGUCGAUACGAAAAAAUUUCGGACGCCGUUAUUGUUUCAUUGAUAUGUUAUUUGUUGGCCUGCGAAACACCAAGGACUUUGAAUCUACAGAGGAGUUGGUGGAAAUUAACGAAGUGUUGCGUAAACUUGACACGGAUAUGCGCACACCCAUGGAAGUUAUGGCAGUGCCACAUCGCAUUGUUUUUGCUGAGAUUUUUAUGCGCUUCCGCCGGGACUACACACCUCCCACGGACAAUCCAUCGAACAAUGUGCGAGACAAGGACUGGUCGGUGUCAUUCUACAAAAUCCUAACAUUCGAUGUACUGAACUAUAGUCCUAAGUCAUAAUCAAUGCAAUACUAAUAUUAUUUUCCAAUACAUAAAGAAAUAAACUAGGCUGAGAGUUUCCAAAAUUA